UUAUCUGGUGAGCGAAGUAUAAUUUUGGAGACAUUUUUAGGGGAUUCAAAACGCAAAGUAGAAGUUAUAAUUUCAUCAUUUCAUGGAGCUAAUGCAUUCAGAGAGGAAUUGGUACAUGGUUUUAUAUUAUUAUAUUCAGCAAAAAGAAAAGCUUCAUUAGCAACUCUGAAUGCUUUUUCAUUCAAUAUACCAAAUCUGCCAAUUCAGAUAAUGGCAGUUACUGAUAGUGGUGGUGCCAAUGCAUUUUUUAACUGUGAUAUAAGUCAUCAGUUAAUAACUGAAGGAAAUGCAACUGCUGAUAGACUUGGAGCACAUUUUUUGACAUCUACAUCAAAUUCUCAACAUAAAACUGCAUUUUACACCCCUUUCUUCAAAGAAGUAUGGGACAAAAAGCCUGAGAUUGAGCAAGCUUUUAAUAUGGAAGAACCCCAAAUGGUUGUAUCAGGAGAUGAAGAUGAUGACCAUUAUCAUAGUAUCCAGCAUGCAAGAAAUGACAGCUAUAUGAUGAAGAGCAAUGAUGGAAGUGGAUCUGAAAAUUAUGAACGCUUACCCAUAAUUUCUUUGGACUCCUUAAAUGGGCCAGAUGAUUUAAUGAGUUCAAGUGACCAUAGUGAUAAAUAUGCUCACAUUGGAGGAGGAUCACAUCGACAUCAUCAAUCUUAUCAUCAUUCAGUGCACCAGGAACAGCGCACCAGGCACCAGAGACAUCAUCAAUAUCCAUAUAAUUCUAGAACAAAUGGAGAUUCUAAUAGGAUUCAGGACCACCAAGGGUUUCAGGUGUAUCCGCCGCCCACGACACCGCCCGAACCUGCACCGCCAGACCAACAGUACGGCACCAGGCAACACGUGACCGCCUCUCAAACCAGCUUGGAUGAGAUCACAUCUGACGUAAGCGGUUCCAGAGAAUCCUUAGCUACUCAUGAUUCAGAUGGUGUUGUUCUGACUGGUGAACGUACCUCUCGUCAAUGGAUUAAACAGUAUGGUGGCCAUCACGCAUUCACAACUGGACGAAGACGUAUAUCUGUUCCAAAAUCAAGACCUAAAGGUGUCAGCCAAACACUGAAGCAACCAGGAAAAUUGAACCUGAAGAAUUUUUCAAUAGUAACAGAAGCUAUUGCACGUAUGAAUGUUGGUGCAGGAAAUGUUAAAGGAUCACAUGGUGGGAAAGCACAAACUGGUAUGAAUACUUUAGGACAUGCGCCAUUAGCUGCUCCAGAAGAUGAUAAUGAGGAAGCUGAGUAUGCCAAGAUUAAAGAAUUAAUGCCACCUUAUGGGCACAGUGAUAGUGAGUGUGCUUUCACCUUAGAGCAAGAAGCUCUUGCAAACAAACUUAAGCAAAGUAAAACCAGACAAAGGCGAGAGAAAGGACAACCAUCAUACUCUGACACGGAUAGUGAAUGGAGUUCAUUAGAACGUCGCCAAAGAGCUUCUGAAGUUUAUUGCAAAGUAAAUCGUAAGUCAAGUACGCACAAACGAGCUCGCAAAAAACGAAGUGCCAUACCAGUACAGCCACCUCGAGUACCACCUCUUGGGAUGUAUGUGAUGCCCCCAGAGUUGCCGCCAAUGGCUACAAGUGUUGCAGCUUCCGGCGAUGAUAAGUUGACUAUGGAUGGGAAUGAUAAAGCUGCCAGUGAAUACAAUUCGGACUCUAGUGAAGGAAGCGAUAUUCGUAUGAUGGCACAACAACGCAAGUUUAAUAUUAAGAAACAUAUGAAAACAGCUGGAAUUUUAAAUAUGGAUAUCAACUCAAAAUUAAUAUCAUCUGAGAUUAAAUCCUUAAGAAAUACAAAUUUCAUCAAUAAUUGUAACAUGCAUCCUUUUUCAAAUGAGUUUUAUAUAAAUAAGCAAAAUUCAUUUGGAUUCAAGCAAGAAGAUGAUUCAAGUUUAGAUGUUUCAUCACCAAGGGACAAUAAUUCACCAAUGUUUGGUUUGGGGUCCAAGUUUGCCAAUAAAGAAUGCGAUCGUGAAAAAUUGAUACGAAAGAAAGAAAAGCAGAAAGCAAAAGAUGAUGAAAAAUUAGAAAAACGUCGUAUCAAAGAGGAAAAACUUCGAAAAGUUGCAGAGAAAGAGAAAGAACGUGAAAAGAAGAAGCAGAAAAAUAAGCAACAACAAAAGUCUUCUUCAACAGCGGGUGCUCAGUCAUUAAUUAUUUUAGACAAUGGUGUUCCAAUGUUUCUUGAAAAAUGUGUUUAUUUUAUUGAAGCUGAAGGUUUAGACUCUGAAGGAAUUUAUAGAGUGCCAGGUAAUAGGGCACAUGUGGACUUACUAUUUCAGAAGUUUGAAGAAGACUCGUCUGUAAAUAUCGGUAACCUAGAUAUACCUGUGAAUGCUGUUGCUACUGCCUUGAAGGAUUUCUUCUCCAAACGUUUGCCACCUCUGCUUGAUGAGGAGUUAAUGGCUGAAUUGGAAGAUAUUGCAGGUGCACGAGGUUUUAAGCCAAUGUCUAUGAACUCGGAAAUGAAGACAGACAGAAGUUGUAGAUUGUUGGCAUUACGAGGAUUACUAAAUAAAUUACCAAAUGUGAAUUUUGCUGUACUGAAGUUCAUAUUUCAACAUUUUCAUAAGCAAAUAUUGUUUAUUCUCAGGAUAUCUGAUAACUCUAAACUAAAUAGCAUGGAUAGCAAGAAUUUGGCAAUUUGUUGGUGGCCUACCUUAUUUCCUAUCGAAUUCAGUGACAUGGGGCGUUUUGAACAGAUGAGACCAUAUCUUGAAGACAUUUUUCAAACAAUGAUAGAUCAGUUUCCAUUCUUGUUUUGUGGCCAGGAAGCUAUUGUUAUGGUCUAAAAAGCGAACAAGUGAAAGCAAUAUGAUAAAAACAGUAUUUGUUUGUGAUGUGUAUGCAUUUGAAAUGAGUUGUUGUGGUUAAAAGGAGCGGUUGUUAUUUUAAAUGUUAUGUAGGUCAUAUGAAGAUAUUAUUUUAUAAUCUCAUGUCUGCAUUAGAAGAAAGCUGGUAUGAAUGCAGCUGUCAAGGUAAGAUUUGUUUGAAGCAGUAUCACUAUUAUCAGCUGAAAUUAGGAUUUUAUCAAUACCUGAAUUUUAUAUAUAUAAAUAUAUAUAUAAAGAAU